AAUCUGCGCACUUUUUGAUGUCUGUCCUGAGCUAGGAAAACGGGAGCAUGCCCUAAACAAUUUGGAGACUGACCUUUUCACGCGCUCCUGAACACGCGCAGCAGCCCCCGCUCCUGUUGGACUUCAGAGAGUCUCUGGUGGGGACUUGUUGCUGCGUUUCACUGUACUCUUGACCGCGAUCAACCGCUGUCACUGUGGAUCUCCGAACAGGCAAGGACAAGUUAUUUGCGCCAUUUGUUUGCAUUGAAAAACUACUUGGCUAUUACGUCUGGAAUGACUAAAUAAGCCUUGUACCCUAUAAAGGACGUUAUUCGUUUGGUGUUCUAACUCUAAAUUCAUUUAUUCAGUGCUGAGAUUCUAAUCAACAAUGAGGAAUUACUUUUGAAGUUUGGGACGCCAAAAGGGCCCUCAGAGCUGUCCCCCGCUGCCUCUGUCUUUUGUCCGGACAUACUUCUUCCUCGGGAGUGCGUGCUUUUUUAAGCUGGAGAAAAGUGAGCAGAUGUUCCAGAAGAUGGCACCUCAGCAUCCCUGCACGCGCAUCAUAAUCACAUCAUUGUUGACCCUGGUCCUGUCCUGUGCAGAGGGACAAGUCCCAGAAGAGGAAGAAUUUAAUGCAGAGACGUGGCUUCGUCAGUAUGGCUACCUCUCUCAGGGCAGCAGACAGAUGUCCACCAUGCAGUCUGCCCGGAUACUCUCAAAGGCCAUCAGUGACAUGCAGCGAUUCUACGGCCUUAAAGUGACAGGAGAAAUGGACCCUCCUACUGUUUUGGCAAUGCGUCGGCCUCGCUGUGGUGUCCCCGACCGAAAACCAGAAGAACUCGAUGAUGGCGCAAGGAAAAAGCGCUAUGCUCUCACUGGACAGAAGUGGGACAAAGACCACAUCACUUACAGUAUUCUGAACCAGCAAAUACCCUCUUCCUUGGGAGAAGAGCUGACAUAUGAGGCUAUCCACAAAGCUUUUGAGGUGUGGAGGAGAGUCACCCCACUCACUUUUGAGGAACUACCAGCUGUAAACAACAGUAGUCAGUCUGAACUGGCUGACAUCCUCCUACUUUUUGCCUCUGGAUUUCAUGGAGAUAUGUCCUUAUUCGAUGGUGAAGGGGGGUCCCUGGCACAUGCUUACUACCCUGGGCCAGGAAUGGGUGGGGACACACACUUUGAUGCUGAUGAGCCUUGGACACUGGAAAAUCAUAAUCCACGAGGCAUAGACCUUUUUCUGGUGGCUGUGCACGAGCUGGGCCAUGCUCUAGGCCUGGAGCAUUCUGACAACCCCAGUGCUGUCAUGGCGCCGUUCUACCAGUGGGUGCCCAGUCAUAACUUCACUCUGCAUGAGGACGAUAUCAAAGGAAUACAAUACAUAUAUGGUGUGCCUCUCAUGACUGAUGCUCCAACUACAUUACCAUCGCCUCCUGAUGAUCACACAACUGUUGUUUCCACUACCACUGAGCAAGAAGAACCCACCUCUGUUCCGACCAGUCUGCCCCCAAAAAUACAGCCCAGCACAGGGCCUGAUGUCGCUGUGCACCCAGAGCCUGAUACGACAAUACCACCUACAACCACCACAACAGAGUCCCACCAGGAGUCAGUGCCCGUCACCGCUGAUAAAAAACCUGUUCCCCCUACAUGGGCCCCGCGUCGUCCAUCAUCACCUCCAAAGAAACCAGACCACCAACCCCCAAAUAUUUGUGAUGGAGAUUUUGAUACAGUCACCAUGUUGAGAGGGGAAAUGUUUGUGUUCAAGGGCCGCUGGUUUUGGAGAGUUCGCAGGAAUCGUGUCUUGGAUAACUACCCGAUGCCUAUAUCUGUGUUCUGGAUGGGCCUUCCCAAUGAUAUUGAUGCAGCUUAUGAGCGUCAUGAUGGAAAAUUUGUCUUCUUUAAAGAUGACAGGUACUGGUUAUUUCGUGAGGCUGAUGUGUUGCCAGGAUACCCACAGCCUUUGCAUGCAUACGGACGAGGAAUCCCUGCACAUGGCAUUGACACUGCCAUUUGGUGGGAACCUAAUGAAUACACAUACUUUUUCAAAGGAGACAGGUACUGGCGUUAUAAUGAAGAAACGCGUACUACAGAUGCAGAUUUCCCUAAAUCAAUCAGUAGGUGGGGCAAAAUCCCUCCAUCGCCUAAAGGUGCUUUCCUAAGUGAUGAUGGUGCCUACACAUACUUCUACAAGGGGGCUAAUUAUUGGAGAUUCAACAACCGGCGGGCAGAGGCAGAUCCAGGCUACCCUCGCUCUAUCCUCAGAGAUUUCAUGGGUUGUGCAGGGGCUCCACAUCCUAAACCAGACCCAGAAGUGGAUCCAGUAAACCCCACAGAGAGGGACACAGACAAACGGGACAGAGACUCAGAUAGAGAGGUUGUGGGUGUGAAUCCAGAACUCCCUGUAGAGGAGGAUGAUGUUGACAGAGAGGUGAACGUGGUAGUGACUGCCGCUGAUGGCCACUCUAAAGUCAUGACGUUGAUAAUGGUAACUGUCCCACUGGUUUUGAUCCUGUGCAUCCUCAUACUGAUCUAUGCCAUCCUCAGGACUCUGCAGAACAAAGAGACGCCCAGGGCUUUGGUGCAUUGUAAGCGCUCACUACAGGAGUGGGUGUAAUACAAGAAACUGUGACUCUGUUUGUUUUUAUAAGCUCACUUUGUGCCACUGUGGAAAGGACAAGUAGGAAAUGUUUUAUCUUGUGGUUUAAUUGUUCUAACUUCUCUCAAAUAUUCCAACAUUGAGAUUUAAUUUUUUAGUAAAAGCUAUAACGUAGUGUUAUAAUGCAGUCAACAAUGCACAUUUCGAGAAGCACCUUUGCUCCUAAUUAUUAGAAUACCACUGCUUUUCUGUCAUUCCAGUGCUUAAUUUUGACCAUUUGUUUGAGCCACAGAAAAAAAUCUCAGCUGCCCCCAAAGUGCAGAUGAAUGUAGCUGUUGACAAACUGCUUUUUCUUUUGUUUGGCUGUAAAUCAUGCAUACAUUUUAGUCUACAUUACUGCAAUUCUGUAGGAAAAUAAUUGCAAAUGCUUGGCUAUGAUGCUUGCGAGAAAUUGCACAUUCAAAAUCUUGAUGCAGCCGAGAAUGAGAUUUUGUCCGUACUAUUUAGACUGGUAAGCUGUGCAUGGGAAGCUCUUCCUGGGAGCAGAGCAGGAAUGUGAGGCAGCUGUGUGUGCCGUGACCACUUCAUCUCCCUCUGAGGCCGUUCAGUCGACCCACUCGCACACCCCGCGUCACAGGAUCUCUCAUCUGAGCACAUAUGGCGACCAUCACAUCUGUUUUCAAACUAUGGGCCAUAUAGACUUCUCUUCCACAACUCAGACUGGCCCCAAUGCAGACAUUUUGAUAUAUGACCACUGCCAGGGAUGGGAUUAAAUAAGACUUUAAAUUAACUUGAUUUGCAUCAUCAUUUAGGGAGAUAUUGUGUUCUUUAAAUCUAAACCUUUUUUCAUGUACAAAAGGUUUGUGUUGUGUUCUGACAGAUAGCAUACCCUGUGAUAAUUAAGUAUGUACAAGACUUGAAAAAUAAGGUUUGUUUCUGUUAUUCAUUAGCACCACAUGUUACUGAUUUUGUGGUGCAAAAGGGGAGAAAAGAAAAGAACAGAAUUGAGAGAAAGAAUGAAGGAAAGAAAAGA